AUGGCGAAGCUAGCACAGUUGUAUAUCAGUGAGAUCGUGAGGUUACAUGGUGUACCAUCGAGUAUAGUCUCUGAUAGAGACCCACGAUUCACCUCCCGUUUUUGGCAGACGUUGCAGGAUGCUAUGGGUAGCAGGUUUGUUAUGAGCUCCGCCUACCACCCUCAGAUUGAUGGGGCAGUCCGAAAGAACCAUCCAGAUGGGGAAUCAGUGGUGGUGGGACCAGAGCUUCUGAGACAAACCACUGAAAAGGUCAAGCUCAUACAAGAAAGAAUGAAAGCAUCUCAAAGCAGGCAGAAAUCAUAUGCUGAUCAGAGGAGAAGACCUUUAGAGUUUGAACUAGGGGACCAUGUUUUCUUGAGAAUCACCCCGACUAUUGGUGUGUGGGAAGAGCAAUCCGCCAGAAGAAGCUGUCUCCUAGUGUUUCAUGUAUCCCAGCUCCGGAAGUAUGUGCCCGACCCUUCCCAUAUACUCGAGAUGGAAGAUCUGCAGAUUAGAGGGGAUCUUACAGUGGAAGUCCAACCCGAUAGUUUGGGAGAUGUUCAGAUGAGGCAGCUCAAAGGGAAAUCCAUCAGACUAGUCCAGGUCAUCUGGGACAAGAGGACAGGUGAUUCCACUUGGGAAGUAGAAGAAGACGUGAGAAAGUCAUACCCAUACUUGUUCUCUGAAACACUCUUCUUCCUCAUUUCUUCCACUCUUCUCAACAACUCAAAACUCUCUCCCACUCUCUCUCCGUGCUGCCAUCUCACAAUUUCGUUUUUCCCUACUCAGACUCUGGAAGGACCAGCCAGCAGGACUCCCCACAAUUCCUCCCUCAGUUUCCAUCCUCUUAGACUGUGUGAUGGAAUUGAGUGCGAAAUUGAUGUAAAUGGAAAUAUGUUGGAGUUAGGACCUCAAGGGAAGUCCUAA